AUGUACCUAUCUAUCUAUCUAUCUAUCUAUCUAUCUAUCUAUCUAUCUAUCUAUCUAUCUAUCUAUCUAUCUGCUGCUAACUUCAGCCACCAGUUCCUCAUACCGAAGCAGCUUUCUUUCAUGAGCCUUUUCAAAUCUUUCUUCCCAUGCCACUACACAAUAACCUCCACUGGCAGUGUAGCAUCAACCAACACUCUCCACUUCCUUGAGACCUCCGACCUGGUCUUCUGCCUCGGGUCAGUCACACUUUGCUCCAGGAAAGCAACCCUUCGCAGGUCCGACGAGGGUAUACUAGCACUUCUCACAGCUGUUGCCACGACCUCCAGAACCAAGUUAUAUCUGAAGGUGUACCAGCUGUUCUGUAACGCCUUCGUGCGGGAUGACAGAACCUGCGCUGAGACGCCACCAAUCAGACUAACUGAUCUGAACACCCUCAAUACCCUCUCAGUUGAGCCAUCGACCCUGCUGAGCCUGUUAGACAGUCGGCACCAAACGUAUUUCCUACUCGAGCUUCCGAACCGCCUGUUCCUCAUCACUUGCACUGCUGACAUCACGUCUGACACUUUCCACUUUCUUUCUGUCUUCACGUCCGGCACAUUCUUCCGGACUACAGCAUCUCUAGAAUCACACCGCAUGGACUGCAAAUAUCACCUUUUCCACCUUACUCAUCGCUUGUCGCUGGAUUUCAAUCCCACGAUGACGAUCUGUCACAGGGAAGUUAUACCACCUCCCAAGAUUCUUCACUCUUUGCUCCCACACUGCCGGUAUCUUUUCACCUGCAAUGGAAAAGACUUCAUGAAUGACAGAACCUCCCUUCAUAGACAGGGACCUGCUCUUCUUUGGUUUGAUGGCCAAUUGACUCCACUCUAUCAGCUCUGCAAGUCUAUCUAG